GGGGUCUUCAGAGGGAGGGGCCAACAGAGCCAGCUACUAGUGUUUGAAUGGUUUGAAUGAAUGGUAUGCUGCCUCAUGUUGUAGACACAGAGGCUGCUUGGAAUAUUGGUGUGUGUGUGUGUGUGUAUUGGUGUGUGUGUGUUCUGCGGCCAUCUGAAGCUAAACGUUUUUACAAAAGCGGAUAAAAGGAGACGAUUCCGGUUAAAAAACAGCUCCAGAGACUCAAGAAUUUUCCAACAAUGCAACUGACCGCCUGUGAGCCCACGACCACGUCUGAAGCCGUGGUGAUGGAGCCUCCUCAUGCAGCAGGCUUCCUGGUGUCCUGCAGUGCAGGAGAUAGCGCAGCGUCCUUUGAUGACGAGGUUGUGGACACAGCAAAUGAGUCUUCUGAGGAGGAGUCCACAGGAGAGAAAGAGGAGAACUCUUCUCAGGACGCAGUGACCAGCAGCUCCCAGACUCCAGCAGCCACUGCUGCACCACAGGUGAUCGCUCAGCGUCCGGACUCGCUGUCAGUGCCGCCGUCAGCAGAGGUCCGUCUGUGGACGACUCGGCGCGACGGAGAGGUGAAACUCAGGAUGGGCGACUCUGGUCUAGCUGCUGAGACCCCUGUGACUGUAAACCAGAUAUUCACAUCAGCGGUGGAACGUUUUGGCGAUUACUCGGCUUUGAGUUGGAAAGAGGGGGAGCUGCAGAAAACCCUCAGCUACAGAGAGUACUACCAGGCCUGCCGCACCGCUGCUAAGAGCUUCCUAAAGCUCGGUUUGCAGCGAUAUCAUGGUGUCGGGAUCCUUGGAUUCAACUCAGCUGAGUGGUUCAUCUCUGACAUCGGAACCAUUUUGGCCGGUGGGUUUGCUGUGGGGAUCUACACCACCAACUCCCCUGAGGCAUGUCAGUAUGUAGCAGAAAACAGCAAAGCCAACAUCAUUGUGGUGGAGAACCACAAGCAGCUGCAGAAAAUUCUUCAGAUUGAAGACAAGCUUCCUCACUUAAAAGCUAUUGUCCAGUACAAAGAUUCCCCAAAAGAGAAGAGACCAAACCUGUACUCGUGGCAGGAAUUCAUGGAGCUUGGACGUGACGAGCCUGACGCGCCCCUUGAUGCCAUCAUCGCCAGCCAGAAGCCCAAUCAAUGCUGCACACUCAUCUACACCUCAGGGACCACAGGCCAACCCAAGGGAGUCAUGCUGAGCCACGAUAAUAUUACCUGGACGGCACUUUCUACCGGCAAACACGUGCAACUUACGGAGGCCACACAGAGUCAGGAGGUGGUGGUCAGCUAUCUGCCACUGAGCCACAUCGCGGCUCAGAUGGUGGACAUCUGGAUCGUCAUGAGGGUCGGGGGCUUGACCUACUUUGCUGAUCCGGAUGCCCUGAAGGGUUCUCUGGUGAACACUUUAAAGGAAGCCCGUCCCACGGCCUUCAUGGGCGUCCCUCGAGUCUGGGAGAAGAUGCAGGAGAGGAUGAAAUCCGUUGGAGCGAAGUCUUCAACUGUGCGCAGAAAAGUGGCUGCUUGGGCCAAAGAUGUUGGUCUUCAGAGCAAUCUGACCAGGAUGAACCAAAACUCUGCAACCGGCCGCCGUCCUUUCAGCUACCACGUCGCCAAAAAGCUUGUGUUCAAGAAGGUGCGUAAGGCUCUGGGUUUGGACCGCUGCACCAAGUGCUACACGGGCGCCGCCCCCAUCACCAAAGACACUCUGGAGUUCUUCCUCAGCCUUAAUAUUCCUCUUUACGAACUGUACGGCAUGAGUGAGAGUGCCGGGCCUCACACCAUCUCUCACCCUGAGGCCUUCAAACUCACCAGUUGUGGUAAAGAGAUCCCAGGAUGCAAAACUAAGGUGCACAACCCUGAUGAAGAGGGAAAUGGUGAAAUCUGCUUCUGGGGUCGCCACAUCUUCAUGGGUUACCUGAAUAUGCCCGAUAAGACGGAGGAGGCUCUGGACGAAGAGGGCUGGCUGCACUCAGGUGACCUGGGCAAACACGAUGAGAAGGGAUUGCUCUACAUCACCGGCAGAAUUAAAGAGCUGAUCAUCACAGCCGGGGGUGAGAACGUCCCACCUGUCCCCAUUGAGGACGCAGUGAAGGAUGCUGUGCCGCUGAUUAGCAACGCCAUUCUAAUCGGAGACAAUAAGAAAUUUCUGUCCAUGCUGCUCACCAUUAAGUGCGAUAUUAACGCAGAGACGGGGAACCCCGAGGACGAGCUGUUGCCAGAAGCGGUGGAGUUUUGCAGGAAGUUGGGCAGCAAUGCCACACGAGUCUCUGAGAUCGCUGGAGGCCGGGACCGCGCCGUCCACACCGCCAUUCAGGAAGGGAUCAACCGAGUUAACGAAAAGGCCACGUCCAACGCUCAGCGCAUCCAGAAGUGGCUUGUCCUGGAACGAGACUUCUCCAUCGCUGGAGGAGAGCUGGGUCCAACCAUGAAACUAAAACGGACCGUGGUGCUGAAGAUGUACAAGGAGCACAUCGACAACUUUUACAGUGAGCCUCCGACCCCGUCGACCCCAGAAAACCCGCUGCCUCCUAAAUAAACGCUUCUCUACCUGCAGUGACCUUCGACGGCCCACGUUGCACUUGCCGACGCGCUGCGACCCUUCUGCCCGCCUCCUGGUGUCACGUCGCUCCUGUGUGUUUAGCCUUCCUUCUGUCAGGGUUUAAGUGUGAUUGUUGUACAGACAAGAACAGACAGGAGAACUGUAAAAAUGAAGCUUUAGGAGUUUGUCGUUAUGAGUUGAACUGAGCUAUUUAUUUGUGUCUGAGAAGCAGGAUGAAGCUAAAUGUAUAAAUGCUUUAAUGUAAUACUUGAGCUAAAGACGCCUAAUCCAAAACACAACAGAAGGUUUUAACUUUUAUUUACUUUUGCCAAAGUUUGUUUUUUACCUCCAAAACAAAAGAAUCAAUUGAAGAAAAUUUAAUGAAAACACUUGAAUCGUUUACAGAAAUUUGCUGAUUUAUUUAAACUUUUUUUUACGUUAAAUAAAAUGUGCUCUUAAAGGAAUCUCAAAAUCCCAAACAGCCAUAAGUGAUGGUUCUUGUACUUUUUAUUCAACUUGUGUUGAUUUUCUUGUCAUUUAAUGCCAUAAUUUGUGGAUUGAUGUAAAUACAUUUGUGCGUUCUGUUAAAGCUAUCUAGAACAGUUCCACGUGUACAUAUGUUUCAUCUGUCUCUGGCCUCUUUGGGAAUGUUUCUCCUGAGCAAACUUCUAACAGAGGUUUUUGCACUCCAAAGCAGCUGAUCUUCCACAGGCAGUUCAUCCUGCAGGUAUGGGAAAUGUCGGCUAGUGAAAGUUUAACUGUGUGAGUUUUAUUCUCCUGAAGGGGCUGCAGUUCAAAGUGAAAGAGAACGAGUUUCCUCACAGCUAAAUGGGAAUGACAGUUAUCCAGACAGGUCGGAGGGGCAGCUACAUCCACUCCAAUGCAGCUGACUUUUCAUAGUAGAACGGGAAAAUAAAAGGUUUUAUUACAAGUUUAAUGUAAAAAUCUGUGCUGCUAAAAUGUUUGCAUCAAACAGUUUGGGAGCUCACAUGAUCCCGGGGAGGUCACAUGACCCCAGGCACAAGCUGUAUGACUUGAACUUUAAAAGCUGGGAGAGAAAUGUAAAGCGGGCCUGUUGGUGCCGACAGAAAUGUGAAUAUUUGUGUGAUCAGCUCCAAAAUAAAAAUAUUACAAUCAUCCAA